AUGAAAAACGAUAAGAAAGAGGAAAACUCUUCAAAAAUCGCGUCAGAUCGAAUUUCUCAAGUGGCCGGUCAUAUCUCUAAUACAUCCAGUAAACGUCUAGGGCCCAAAACAAAAAAAGAUCUCCCAGCCGACUAUUCAGAUAUUCUCGGGACGAUAUCCUCUCUGCAAAAAAUAGCCCAAACACCUGAUCUCUCAAACAAAGGAUACAUCCGACAAAAGCAAGCUGGUAAACUCUGGGUCCGAGAACGAGUUCUUCAGUUACUCGACACAGAUAGUUUUCGCGAAGUAGGCUCUAUUUCUGGGACCGUUUCAUGGAAAAAACUAGACCCGUCGGAAAGUAAAGGGAAGAGAGAAGAGCCAAUUUCUUAUAUACCAAGUAAUAAUGUACAAGGAUUUGGCUUAUUGAGAGGAAGAAAAAUAUUAUUUACAGCAGAUGACUUUAGUAUUCGUGCUGGACAUGCAGAUGGUGCAUUGACGGAAAAAACAAUUUAUAUGGAAAAAUUGGCUGUUGCGUUGAGAUUACCUAUUAUCAAAUUGGUGGAUGGCUCUUCGGGAGGAGGGUCUGUGACAACUAUAAGGAAAGAGGGGUUUUCUUAUAUACCGCCCAUGCCAUCUUUUAAUCAUGUGGUCGAACAGUUGAAUAUGGGGAUUCCCAAUCUAGGAGCGGUGUUAGGACCGGCUAUUGGGCUUGGAGCUGCGAGAGUUGUUUCAUGUCACUUCUCUGUGAUGGCUGCGGAUGUUGGAGCGUUGUUUAAUGCUGGACCAAAAGUUGUCGCUGGUGCAACCUUUGAGGAAGGACUCACUUUUACAGAUCUUGGUGGCCCAAGUAUGCACUGUACCAAUGGUACCAUUGAUAAUAUGGCAGAAAAUGAACAAGAAUGUUUUGAACAAUUGAGGACGGUUUUGAGCUACUUACCAAACUCUGGUGCCUCUCUACCUCCAGUUCUAAACACUGAAGACCCAGCUGAUCGACGUUGCGAAAAUUUAAGAACGAUCAUUCCACGCCGAAAAGCGAGAAUGUAUGAUCCUAGAAAGAUCAUAAAGACUGUAGUAGAUGCAGAAAGUUGGUUCGAAAUUGGAGCACUUUGGGGAACUACUGCAAUUGUUGGUCUUGCCAGACUUUCUGGUAGACCCGUUGGAAUCAUAUCUAUCAAUUGUGAGAUAAACGCUGGAGCACUUGAUGCUGCUGGAAGUCAAAAGAUCACUCGGCAUCUCAAAUUCUGCGAUAUUUUCAAUAUCCCCAUACUCCAAUUCGUCGAUAUUCCAGGGUAUGCAAUUGGAACCGUUGCAGAACGUGCAGCGACGAUGAGGCAUGGUGUAGCACUUGGGACAACAUAUUAUUCUACAACAACUCCAGUCUUUAGUGUUGUGACGAGGAAAGCGUAUGGGGUAGCUGGUGGAAUCAUGCUUGAUUGCAGAGAUCCUCGUUUCCGAGUAGCGUGGCCAAGUGGAGAAUGGGGGAGUCUUCCAUUAGACGGAGGUAUUGAGGUUGGACAUGCUGCAGAGUUGAAAGCAGCAGAAGCAAACGGAAAACGAGAGGAAAGAUAUAAAGAGUUGGAAGAAGAAUAUACUCGAUUGAUGAAUCCAGUCAGGACAGCCAAUGCGUUUGGAGUGGAAGAGAUUAUAGAUCCUGCUGUUACAAGGCAAAUAGUUUGUGAAUGGCUGAAGCACGUAUAUGAGGAGUUAUUGCCCAUCCGACUUUUGGAUCGUGCGAAUGGGAAACUUCAUCCAAUCUUUUACUAA